UUAUGGAUGGGUGAAUUAGAUCCAUGGUGGGAUGAAAAUGCAAUCAAAUCAAUUUGGGGCUCUUUUGGAUUCAAUAACGUUAAUGUUAAGUUGAUCAAAGAGAAAAUCCAACAAGGUUAUAAUGCUGGUUAUUGUUUUAUUGAAUUUCCUACCUUGGAAUUGGCCUCAAGUGCAUUAUCUUCAAAUGGUUCCAAAAUCCCAAAUACUAAUAAAUCAUUGAAAUUAAACUGGGCAAGUGGAGGUAACGCUUCCCAACCUAUUACUAAUGGUCAACAAUCAAUGGGUAAUGGUUCUCGCUCUGGUGAAGUUUCAAUUUUUGUUGGUGAUUUAGCUCCAGAUGUUACUGAUACUGUUUUAUAUGAAUAUUUCGGUACAAAGUAUAGUUCAGUCUCUGGUACAAAGAUCAUGAUUGAUCAACAAACAGGUGGCUCAAAAGGUUAUGGGUUUGUCAGAUUCUUGAAUGAGUUGGAACAACAAAGAGCUCUGGUUGAAAUGCAAGGUGCUAUUUUGAACGGUAGACCAAUUAGAGUCUCUACAGCUGUUCCAAAGAAUAGACAACAAGGUGGUCAACAAAUGGGUGGUAUGAGACAACCAUUCCAUCAACAACAACCACAAUUACAAUCCCAACAAUCUUUGAAUUCAAUCCCACAAAAUGCUCAAUCUCAACAAAUUCUAAACAGUUUUGAUUCUCAAUAUCAACCACCAUUAACUCAAUUCACUGACCCAAACAACACUACUGUUUUCAUUGGUGGGUUAUCUUCAAUGGUUACUGAAGAUGAAUUAAGACUGUAUUUCCAACCAUUUGGUGAUAUUACUUAUGUCAAAAUUCCAAUUGGUAAAGGUUGUGGAUUUGUUCAAUACGUUACAAGAGCAAGUGCAGAACUAGCUAUUAGUAAGAUGCAAGGCUACCCAAUUGGUAAUUCAAGAAUUAGAUUAAGCUGGGGAAGAUCAAAUUCAAAUCCAAAACCUCAAGCUUAUCAAAAACAACCAGAAUUACCUUUAUUAUAUGGUUAUCCUUCCACUAAUCAACCA